AUGUUGUCCUUGAAGCUGCUUCUGUUUCAGUUGAUAGCAAUUACUAUAUUUUGUGUUGGAUUUUUUCCAUCUAAGAACGUUUUACAAGGUUCUGGUGAAUUUAAUUUUGAGAAAGAAUUGCAAUUAACCACCAAACCUGUUUUUACAAAGCUAGUUUUUGUUGUCAUUGAUGCGUUGAGAAGUGACUUCUUAUAUGAAGAGCAAAAUUCACAUUUCCAUUUUGUUCAUCGAGUAUUAAAUUCAGGUGAAGCUUGGGGGUUCACUGCAUUUUCAAAUCCACCCACAGUAACUUUGCCAAGAUUGAAAGGUAUAACGACUGGCUCGACUCCAAACUUUUUGGAUGCUAUUUUAAAUGUAGCAGAAGAUGAUGUAUCUUCAAGUUUAAAAGAUCAAGAUUCAUGGCUAAUGCAAUUUUAUAAACAUAAUAAAAACAUCAGGUUUUUUGGUGACGACACAUGGCUAAAAUUGUUUCCUUUAAAUAUAUUUUCUGAAUAUGAAGGAACCAAUUCAUUUUUUGUUAGUGAUUUUGAACAAGUCGAUCUCAAUGUUACAAGACAUCUUGAAAAACAGUUCAAAGAGAAAGAACAGUGGGAUGUCUUGAUUUUACAUUAUUUAGGAUUGGACCAUAUAGGCCAUAAAGGUGGUUCUCAGUCUAAAUUUAUGAAAGGUAAACAUGAAGAGAUGGAUUCAAUUUUAGAAGAUAUAUACAACAGUAUCGGUGACACUGAGGAUACUCUACUAUGUGUUAUGGGUGACCAUGGUAUGAACAAUGGUGGGAAUCAUGGUGGAUCGUCAUCUGGAGAAACAUCAGCAGGUCUGACCAUGAUAUCUAAGAAGUUUAAAAAGCUCGCGAAGCCAAAGGACCAAAUAAAUACAGUUUUACCAAUUAAAUGGAAUGAAAAUUUAACUGAGGAAGAAAAAGAUUACAAAUUCUUAUCUUUUGUUCAGCAAGUCGAUUUUGUUCCGACGUUAUCUGCACUGUUUAAUUUACCUAUGCCAAUUAAUAGUGUGGGUGUUCUAAUACCUGAGCUUUUACGAUUGUUAGAUCCAAAACUUACAAGAACAAAGCUAAAAGAAAACUUUUCUCAGUUAACUGAAUUAUCAAAGUCAUUGACAACAAGAAAUAUAUAUAAUGCUAUUGACUUCCAAAAUGAUACAAUUGAAGAUAUAAUAUCGCAAAUGCAAUCAGUACAAUCAGAAUUAAUGAAGAGUGCUACAAACUAUAAUAUGAAUGCGAUUUAUAUUGCUAUUAUUCUACUAUCAAUUGUAACUUUGAUAAUAAUUCACAAAGCAUUUUCAAAUUAUAAAUUUAAUAUACUCCCGGUAGCAGUUAGUUUAAUUAUAGGUUUAUCAUCAUUUGCAAGCAGUUUUAUUGAAGAAGAACAUCAAAUUUGGUGGUGGCUUAUUACUGGUAUGUGUGCAUUUUCUCUGGUUUACAACUCUGACUCUAAAUUUUCUAAUUUUAUUGUAUUUUUAUGUUUGAGACUAAUUAGAGGAUGGAAUAACAGUGGUCAAAAAUACUAUUACCCUUUUGCUUUAUCGAGUUUGUUAAAACUUAAAUAUGUUAACUACCAGUGGUAUUUAAACACUUCGACAAUCCUUUAUUUUAUGUUUAAAGGUUCUAUGAACAAUUUCCCAUCUUUCAUGUCGUCCUUUUUGCUAGCCAAUCUAUGUCUAAUGUAUAAAGUCAGCUGGGCAAUUGUUAAUCAAGAACAUGUACCAGAUACUAUCAAACAUUAUGUUUUAGUAUUAUGUACUCAUUUAAUGAGCGCAAGGAAUGUUGCACCUUUGCAGCUGUUUGAAUCAACUUUAAUACCCUUGGCAAGAUUAUUUUUCUGUUGCGUUGUUAUAUUACUGAGUUUAACAUUGGUAAUUGGUAAACUGUCACCAACGAGGCUAGGGAAUCCAGUUUCUAAUAUUAAAAAAAUAAUCAUAUUUUUAUUAAUAUUUCAAACCUCUCCAGAAAAUAUUGGAUUGUAUUUACUAUUUGGAAUCUUAGAGACAAAUUUAACCGACAUCAUCGAUAAACACUAUUCUGGUAACACACAAUUAAUAACGACGAUUUCCUUAGUCAUGCAAUAUUUUACUUUCUAUCAAUUCGGAAAUACCAACUCAAUAGCCACAAUCGACUUAACCAAUGCGUACAAUGGGGUAUCAGAAGAUUAUAAUAUUUAUUUUGUUGGUUGGAUGAUGUCAAUAUCAAAUUAUGCACCAGCAAUAUAUUGGUCAAUGUUCCCUUGGAUUAUAGAUGAUAACAAACAGAAAUGGAAGAAAUUUAUUGAGCGUAAGAAUAUAAUAUUAUUGUUCAAUUGUAUAUCAGGGUUAUUUUUACUCAUUACAUGCACCAUAUUAAGAUAUCACCUAUUCAUUUGGAGUGUUUUCUCACCAAAAUUAUGUUAUUAUAUGAUGUGGAAUAUAUUUAUGAAUGUAAUAAUAGGCUGGAUACUAGAGACGUUGGUAACUUACGUUAUGUGA